GAAACAUCUGUUCUUAGAACAGGUUAUCUCCGCACGUUCUGGUGUUCUUACGUGACUGCCGGCAUUUGUAUAAAUUGAAGGUAUUACAGCUACGAACUUCAGAUCAAUCUGAGAAACUGUAAGGUAACACCUCAUCAUGAGUGCAAGAUAUACCACCAUUUUCAUACUCCUCCUUGCAAGUGGGACGGCUGUUAACAGCUACCGGGCUCCCAGGGAAACCAAGUGUCGUUCUUUGGGUCUCGAAGGUCGCCUGGCAGUGGUGACGGGGGGCGCCAGUGGCAUCGGCAGGAGCGCCUGCCUGGUUCUUGCUCGAGAGGGCGCCACCGUCGUCGUGGCCGACAGAAACAGGACAGGUUCCGACGAAACACUGCAAAUGCUCCAAGCCUCGUACAAGGGCGAUCACCGGGCUAUCAACGUGGACGUUUCCGACUCAACCGCAGUCGAUGUACUGUUUGAAAAAAUCAAGUCAUCGUUUCCGGGAAGGAAGAUUACGUGCGUGGUGAACAGCGCCGGUGUUGUGGAAAAGCCCACGCUGUUGGCUGAAAUGAGUGACACCGUUUUUGACAACACGAUCAGCACCAACCUCAGGGGAACCUUCCUGGUAAACCGAGCAGCUGUGAGGUCGAUGCUUGCGGACAACGUCACGGACGGCUCGAUCGUCAACCUAGCGAGCAUCAUCGCCCCUCGGGGCUUCCCGGGGUUGGCGGCGUAUGCUGCUUCCAAGGGAGGCGUGGUCUCCCUGACCCGAACGCUGGCCCAGGAGCUGGCAACCAGGGGCAUCCGCGUGAAUGCUGUCCUCCCGGGGCCCACCGACACGCCCAUGCUGGCCAGCUUGCCCGCCGAAGUGCAGGGGCUCUUCGUGGCCGUCACUCCGAUGAAGCGAAAGGCGCGACCCGUCGAACAGGCCGACACCAUUGCCUUCUUGUGCAGACCGAAGAGCAGCUUCACCACUGGGGCGGCUGUCGAGGUCACAGGAGGAAUAACGGGAUAAACUUACGGGGAAUAAAUUAUUAUGUUUUACAAGUGUGAAAUUUAAAAAAAGUACACCAGACACUUUAAAAUUUUUAGCGUGUUUUUGAUUAGAGUAGACAGGCUCGUCUUCUGAAGUGUCUUAUAUGCGGCUCUUUCGUUUUCGUACUCUAUUCUAAACACGGCAUAUUUGUACCGCAAUAAACGUGUUGCAAAGUGUG